GGUCCCUGGGGCUUCCUUCACCUCUCUCUGUGCUCCCACAGGAGUCCCCAGCACUCAGGAUGGCGCCCAAGGCGGCCGCCCUUGUCCUGGUUCUCCUUGCGAUCUCAGGCUCCCGGGCUGAUGUGAACCCUGACGAGGUGGCCGGCGUGAUCUGGAAGUACUUCACGGAGCUGGGCAACAAUGCCAAGGACACGGCGGACCAGCUGCACCAGACCGAGAUCAGCAAGCAGCUCAACACCCUGCUGAAGAGCAACCUGCAGAGCGUCAGCGCCUACGCCGAGGACCUGCAGCAGCGCCUGGUGCCCUUCGCGGUGGAGCUGAAGGCGCGGCUGGCGCAGGACUCAGAGCGCCUGAAGGAGCAGAUCCGGCGGGAGCUGCAGGAGCUGCACGCCAAGCUGGCGCCCUACGCCGACGAGGUGCACCAGCAGAUCGGCACCAACAUCCGAGAGCUGCAGGCCAAGAUGAGCCCGUACGCCGAGGAGCUGCGCUCGCAGGUGGACCGCAGCACCAGCGAGCUGAAGCAGGCGCUGGAGCCCUACGCGGCCGAGCUGCGGGAGCGGCUGCAGGACAACGCCGAGAGCAUCCAGGCCUCGCUGAGCCCCUACGCCGACCGCCUGCAGCAGCAGAUCGACGGCGGCGUGGAGAGCGUCAAGCAGCGGCUGUCGCCCAUGGCGGACGAGCUGAAGGCGCAGGUGGAGCAGAGCGUGGCCGAGCUGCGGCGCGGGCUCAGCCCCUACGCGCAGGAGGUGCGGGACGGCCUCAACCGGCAGCUGGAGAGCCUGAGCGCGCAGAUGGAGCGGGCGACCGAGGAGCUGCGCGCCCGCCUGGCCGCCAGCUCCGAGGAGCUGCGCGCCCAGCUGAGCCCGCUGGCCCGGGAGCUGCGGGAGGCGGCGAGCGGCGACGCCGAGAGCCUGCGGCAGCGCCUGCAGCCCCUGGCGCAGCAGCUGGAGCAGCGCCUGGGGCAGAGCCUGGAGACCUUCCGGCAGCAGGCGGCUCCCUUCGGAGAGACCUUCGGGCAGCAGCUGGUGCAGCGGCUGGAGGAGAUGCGCGGCAAGCUGGACUCGGGCGCGGCCGGCGUGGAGGAUCACCUGGAGCUGCUGGAGAAGGAGGUGCGGGAGAAGGUGGCCGCUUUCCUCAGCACCGCCGCGCCCCCGCAGAAUUAAACCGCCCCGCCAGCCACACACGUUCCAAGCGUUCCUGGCCACUUGCAGUGGCAGAAAUAAAUCUUGUGAUGCA